AUGGCACCCCCACCAAAGCAGAGAAAGGUGGCCAUCGUUGGCAGCAGAGCCGUCGGCAAGUCGAGUAUGACGGUGCAAUUUGUCGAUGGGCACUUUGUCGACAGCUACUACCCGACUAUCGAGAAUACUUUUAGCAAGAUGAUCAAGUACAAGAACCAGGACUAUGCGACUGAGAUUAUCGAUACGGCUGGUCAGGAUGAAUACAGUAUACUCAACUCGAAGCACUUUAUUGGCAUUCAUGGCUACAUGAUUGUCUACUCGGUCGCUUCCAAGCAGAGCUUCGAGAUGGCGCGCAUCAUUCGCGAUAAGAUCUUGAAUCACCUGGCUGUCGAGUGGGUUCCUCUCGUUAUUGUAGGCAACAAGUCUGAUCUGCGCCCCGAACAACGCCAAGUUACGCCCGAAGAUGGUCGCGCCCUCGCUGCAGAGUUCAAAUGUGCCUGGACCGAAGCCAGCGCGCGCUACAACGAGAACGUACAAAAGGCCUUCGAACUCAUAAUUGCCGAGGUGGAGCGGUCUCAGAAUCCUGGUGAGCCCGCUGGCGGCAGCAAGUGCGUCAGCGUGGACAAGUACCCAGCCCUCCAGCAGGAGCGCAAGGACAAGGAGAAGAAGCGGUGGAGCAGCUCACACUUCUUGAAGCAUCCAUUUGAUCAUUUGAUCAAUAUGCUUAAGAAGACGUCCACGGGUGAAUAA